CCAACACAUUGACAUUGCUCUCUCUCUCUCUCUCUCUCUCUUAUAUUUUUCUCUCUUUUCAUGGCCGGUGCCACUGGGCACUGCCUUCCACGCUUCAUUGAUACUGAAUCAAUGAAAACCAUUACUACUGUUCCCACCUCCAGGCAUUCCCUUCACAACACUACUUUUCACUAUAGAUAUCAGUCGUGUUCACUCUCCAUGAAUGGUUGCCAAGGAGACUCUCCACUUCCUGUUGGCACAAUACAAAGUCGUACUCUUGCUCCAGUUCCUUCUCCUGCUUUAGCCAUGGACAGACUCAACUCAGCCAUUUCCGAGUUGAAAUCCAACCCACCUCCAUUAACGUCUGGCAUCAUAAGGCUCCAGGUGCCGAUUCAAGAACAAAUUGAAGCAAUUGAUUGGCUCCAUGCUCAACAGAAUCUUCUUCCACGCUGUUUCUUCUCUGCUCGAAGCCAAAAAAAAGUUUCUAAUAGUUUCUUAGAAUAUACUAAUGGCAAUGGCUACACCUCAGUUACUCAUAAUUUGGUCAGUGUGGCCGGUGUGGGGUGUGCCGUUUUCUUUCGCCAUCUCCAUCCAUUCUCAUACAAUGAUUGGAGGUCUAUUAAAAGGUUUCUUUCUAGAGAAUGCCCAUUGAUUCGUGCCUAUGGAGCAAUUCGUUUCGAUGCAAGGGCUAACAUAUCAUCUGAAUGGGAAGAUUUUGGUUCAUUUUACUUUAUGGUUCCUCAGGUUGAGUUUGAUGAGCUUGAAGAAAGUUCAAUGCUUGCUGUAACUGUUGCUUGGGAUGAUGCUCUUUCAUGGACUUGGGAAAAGGCCAUUCACACACUUGAAUCCACUAUGCGCCAGGUUUCUUCCAAAGUUGUAAUUUUACGGAAAGAGGUUUCCAGAACAUUCAUUUUAAGUAAUAAUCAUUCUCCCUGUAAGACACAUUGGAAUCUUGCUGUUAAGAGGGCUUUGCAGAUAAUCAACCAAAGCAGCACUCCGCUUAUUAAGGUUGUACUAGCACGUAGUAGCAGAGUUGUAACUGCUACAGAUAUUGAUCCUAUUACGUGGCUUGCUUGUCUGAAGCAGGUUGAAGGGGAAAAUGCUUACCAGUUCUGUCUUCAGCCACCUGAUGCACCUGCAUUUAUAGGAAACACGCCAGAACAACUAUUUCAUAGAAAAUGGCUUAACAUCAGUAGUGAGGCACUGGCUGGAACCCGUGCUAGAGGUAGAUCAACUGCUAUGGAUCUUCAAAUAGAACAUGACCUACUCUCCAGUCCAAAGGAUCACCUUGAGUUUACUAUAGUACGUGAGAGCAUAAGAAGAAAAUUAGAGGCUGUAUGUGACAGGGUAGUGGUUGAACCCAUGAAAACAAUACGAAAACUGCCUAGAGUUCAACAUUUGUAUGCCCAAUUGGCAGGAACACUAAGAAGCGAAGAUGAUGAAUUUGACAUCUUGGCUUCUCUUCACCCAAGUCCAGCAGUCUGUGGAUUUCCAACUGAAGAGGCACGACUUCUAAUUGCAAAAAGUGAGGUAUUUGACCGAGGAAUGUAUGCUGGGCCUGUUGGUUGGUUUGGAGGAGGAGAGAGUGAGUUUGCUGUUGGCAUCAGGUCAGCAUUAGUGGAAAAGGGUCUUGGCACAUUGAUAUAUGCUGGAACAGGAAUAGUAGAAGGAAGCAAUCCAUCUUUAGAGUGGGAUGAACUUGAACUGAAGACAUCUCAGUUCACCAAGUUGCUUAAACUUGAGGUGCCUUUCCGGUCAAAAAUUGAGAAAUUGGGGACUCAGCUGAAAAGUUAAUGUUCAGACACUGCAACAAAAAACAAAGUUCCCCACAGUAUAUUUAUUCUUUUUCCUGGAAGAGAAUUGAUUCUGGCUUACUAGUAGCUAUCCAAACUGAUUGAUUGAGUUACCUGUUUGGUGCCCCUUGUACUCCGGAAAAUUUUUAUACAGCACACAUUAGCCACAACAUUUGGAUCAUAAUCUGGUGAGUGAUAGCAGGACAAAUAAGAAGAAAUAUUGGAAAUUUCACCAGCAACUUUUCAUUCAUUUUAUUAGGAAAAGCCAGGUAGCUGAAAAUAACCUCAGCUCAAGCAAAGUUUAUAUAAACAUGCACCUUCCUAUUAUUUAUUUAAUUAUUUAAUGAAAAAGUGUGA